GUGUGUGUAUAUAUAUAUAUAUGCAUGUUUACAUAACAAUUUCUUCCUUCAAAUUUUGGGGAUAAUUUUUAGUUUAUUUCAUCUUUUGUUUUUGUUGCUUCGGUUUACCUUUUUUUUUUUGGGAAAAAUUCUGUUUUUUAGUUAUUUAAAAAAUGUGGUCUUUAAAACGAUUUGGGGUUUGUUCAUUGUUAAUGGUUUUGUUUUAGCAAGGGAUAAUCUCUGGUUUUGAUUGUAAAUGAGUUAUAUAUGCUUGUUUAGAUUACAGUGUCUUUAUUCAAAAUUUGGGGAUAAUUUUUAAUUUAUUUCUUCAUCUGUUGUUUUUGUUCCUUGACUUGACCAUUUUUUUUUUCUCGUGGGAAAAAUUUUGGUUUAUAGUUAUUUAAAAAAUGUGAUCUUUAAAGUGCUUUGGGGUUUUGCUCAUUGUUAAUGGUCUUGUGUGGAAGGUGUUGAUUAUAGAACAUGUGAUACUUGAAAUGUGUGGAAGGUGUUGAUUAAAAAUGGGUUAAAUUCACUUUAAUUUUUAUAUUUGGAUGUUUUUGCAGGCACUUCAAGUUUGUUUAUAUUCAAAUGGCGGAAUAUUGCAUUUUCAAGGAGGAGUUACAAAAAGCGCGAAAACUUGUUGUUAGGCUACAUAAGGAGGUUGAUGUCAAGAAUGGACAGUUGUUCCUCAAGGAGUGCAAGAUUGAGGAGAAAGAUAGACUGAUUGAAUCGUAUGCUCAAGAAAGUGAAAGCUUAAAAUCAGAAAAUGAGAAGUUGAAGCACGACUUUGAGCUUCAAAAGGAAGAAUUCGAGCAGCAAGUCAAAGAACUUGAGCAUUUGCACUAUACUGACCUGGAGAAGAAAAAUGAAUUGCUAUUGUGGUUGGAGCAUAAGAUGGAGGAGAAAGAUAUGCUAAUCAAAGCAUGCAUUGAAGAAAGUGGAAGCUUAAAAUCAGAACAUGAGAAGUUGAAGCAUGACUUUGAGCUUCAAAAGGAAGAAUUCGAGCAGCAAGUCAAAGAACUUGAGCAUUUGCACUAUACUGACCUGGAGAAGAAAAAUGAAUUGCUAUUGUGGUUGGAGCAUAAGAUGGAGGAGAAAGAUAUGCUGAUCAAAGCAUGCAUUAAAGAAAGUGGAAGCUUAAAAUCAGAACAUGAGAAAUUGAAGCAUGACUUUGAGCUUCAAAAGGAAGAAUUCGAGCAGCAAGUCAAAGAUCUUGAGCAUUUGCACUAUAGUGACCUGGAGAAGAAAAAUGAAUUGCUAUUGUGGUUGGAGCAUAAGACGGAGGAGAAAGAUAUGCUAAUCAAAGCAUGCAUUGAAGAAAGUGGAAGCUUAAAAUCAGAACAUGAGAAGUUGAAGCAUGACUUUGAGCUUCAAAAGGAAAAAUUUGAGCAGCGAGUCAAAGAACUUGAGCAUGAGCACAGUAGUGACCUGGAGAAGAAAAAUGAGAAGCUAUUGCAGAUGGAGCAUAAGGUGGAGGAGAAAGAUAUGCUAAUAGAAGCAUACAUUGAACGAUUGAGUGAAUUACAAAGCCUCAAAGUAGGAUAUGAAAAGCUGAAGCAAGACUUCCAAUCUCUAGUGAUAGCAUUUGAGAAUCGAACCAAAGAAUUGGGAGAGCACGAGCACCAUAAUGACCCGGAGAGAACAAAGUUGGAAGGAAAUUUGAAAGAUCAAAACCCUUCAGAAUGUAGUGAUAGUUCUGGUAUCCAGAUCAAGGCUUUGAGAAAAGAACUAGAGGACAAAACAGAUGAUAUGAGAGAUUUGGAAAGCCUUAACAGAACUCUGAUAGUUAGAGAGCACACGAGCAACAUUGAGCUUCAAGAAGUCCGCAAAGAACUGAUAAAUAGUUUGCAUGGUAAGCGAAGCAAAAGAUCCAUACUUGGAAUUAAAAGAAUGGGGGAACUUGAUCUGCAGCCGUUUCGAGAUGUGUGCUUGGCAAAGUUCCCUGGCGGAGGCUGGGAGGAGGAAUCUGCUAAACUAUGUUCCCAGUGGCAAGAGAAUUUGAAAGAUUCAAACUGGUACCCGUUCAAAAUUGAUCAGAAACAGCAGGUGCAGGAAACUAUAGAUGAAGAUGAUGAUAAGUUGAAAGAGUUGAGAAAGGAAUGGGGUGAGGAAGCAUACAAGGUUGUUGCCAAUGCAUUGCUGGAGUUGAAUGAAUACAAUCCAAGUGGAAGGUAUGUAGUUCCCGAAAUUUGGAACUUUAAGGAGGGACGAAAAGCUAGUUUGAAAGAGGCAAUUCAGUACAUCAUCAAACAACGGAAGACUUGUAAACGUACAAGAUUAUACUAAAAACUAUAAUAAUAAUAAAUAAAUAAAUAAAUAAAAAAGGGGAGCAUUUUAAGACUUGAUGAACUACUUUCUUAUACUGAGCCUCACACAGAUUAAGUAUGGUUGUAUUUCAACAAGGAGACUUUAUCAAUGAUGUUUUGGCUCUUACUGAAGUUCCUUUGGAAGCUCUCCUGUUUUUUGAGUCCUGUUCUUGUCUAUAGGGACUAGUCUUUUGAUCGUUUUGACAGAGUAGGAAAUGGAGUUAUAGGGAUUGUACUCUCCUGGGGUAUGCCCCUUGUACAGUGUAAUCUUGGCCUUGGGGCUUGUUUAUAGAUCUAACUCUACUUACCAAAA